AUGGCGCACGUCGAUCCGGCGGAGUGGCAUCCGUACUAUAUGCAGUGUCUGCAGUACUUUGUAGAACACGGCCAGAACACGUCGGGCGUGCAGGCACUCGCGGCUUUUCUUAAUAUCCGUCUUCCCUAUCAGCGAGCCUCCACCACCACCUCGCUAAGACUCUAUAUCCGCCGACUGAUCGUCACGGCGCACGAUUCCCCAGACACGCUCUGCGCGUUUUUUGGGGACCACUGGGACGCGGGCAUCGGCCCCAUCCGCGACCAAGAACGCAUCAACUACCUGUUCACGGCGAAAAGCAGCGGCUGGGCCGAGACCAAGACGAGCUACGACAUACUGCCGGACGAACACACCCCGUUCCUGCGCCCGCUGCGCGAGCCGCUGGAGGAGGAGAUCCGUACCGCCGAAGCGCGCUGGAGCGAGUGGCUGGCGAUGGAGGACUGGAUGCUGGGGCCCCGGAGUCCGUGGUGA